GAAUCGGAAGUUGUGAAUGUCGGCAUGGCAACAGGGUGAAGCUGUUUUUCUACUAUGUUGUCAGGUUUGUUAGUUUUUUUCCACUCUCUUCACAUGUUACUACUGUGGGACCCUGCGUGGCGAUGGAGGACGUGGCCGCGGGUCUGAAGAGUUUGUCCUUCGAGUCUGGACUCGGCGCCGAGGAGAAGGAGCUGCUGCACCUUCGCGCACGCGCGGCUGGACUGGCAUUUUGCCGGUGCGCGCACGCGCUGUACCUGUGCGAGCUGGUCCGCUCGCUGAGAUACAGAUGUGCCAUCAGAGGUCAGACCGCAGACAGAGCCACAGAGGAGGCACCAGGAGGAGACGGUGACCUCUGCGUGGGGAUACUUGGGGCAGGUCACCAGGGCAAACAGCUGCUUCUCUCCCUCCUGGAAAUGACCGACAUCCAACCGGCACACGUCAAGGUCUCCACCAGAAGACCAGAAUUGGCAGUGGGAUUUGUCCAGACGGGGGUCGAGUGUUUCUUUGACAACAGCAGACUGGCAGCAUGGGCAGACGUUCUGUUCCUCUGCUGUCUCCCCUUUCAUCUCCCAAAAGUCUGUGCCGAGCUCCGCUCUCACUUGUCAGAACACUGCCUUGUGUACAGCUUCAUCUCUGCCGUGCCUGUCACCCGAUUAGCUGAACUUCUUGGACACAACUUCAUCCUAAAACCACAGUAUGACUUUGUGGGCGGUGACACUGCAGAUGUGUGGCUGUCCUGCACUGCUGUGUCCACAGCUUUGAAAGAUCCUCUGCUGAUAGAUGCAUCGUGUCCCCUCGCAAUGAGCGGUGGCAUUUCUCUGAGUCUGAACUGGGCGUGUGCAGUGCUGUACACCCUGCUGAAUAUCUGCACCUCUGCCAGUCUGCGGUCCAGUGAUGCUCUCUCCCUGAUCAACGAACUCUUCCAGGAGAAAUGGAUGCACGCUGUGCAAUUGAAUACAGAGAGUUUCAUCAGUUCAUCUUAUGCAGCUUCUCUUCGUGGAGAUGAGCCUUUUCCCUGGAUUUCACUCACUGAGGCUCAGAACAAGGAGACACCACUGCUGAGGUUUCUGUCAAGCAACAAAUUGAUGCAGCAGUGCUUCUCUGCAGCAUACAAAUCACUGCUGGUGACACCAGCAACAGUCACACUCUAAUGUAAACAUUUUAUUCAUAAUUGUCCACCACAACCGUGUCCUUUAUGUUACACAUACCGUUUUGAAAAUGGUAUUGGUAUGAUAUAUGCAAGAAUACAUUUGAAUAAAGGAAAAUCUGCAAUGUA